UUAUCUUUUUUACUUGCUCUACCAAUUCAAAUGUUAACCUCUUCCAGAAACACCCCCAUAGACACACCCAGAAAUAA